UGACAGUUGACAUUUGACCAUCCUAACCUUACUUUUUUAACAUUACAAAAUCCCCACGGAUUCCAAUUUCUUUUUAAAUUAUUUUAAAUAAAUCUGUAUAAAGAAAUCAAAUACCAUGGAAGGAAUAGGGAAUUUAAGCGGGGCGCAAAAAGACGAGCUCAUGGACCAAGUGAAACAGCAAAUUGCGAUAGCGAACGCCCAAGAACUACUUACAAAAAUGACUGAAAAGUGCUUUAAGAAGUGUAUAUCGAAACCGGGCACGUCAUUGGACAGUUCAGAACAGAAAUGUGUAGCGAUGUGUAUGGAUAGGUAUAUGGACUCAUGGAACUUAGUCUCGAAGGCUUAUGGCAUGAGAAUCCAAAGGGAAAGGACGAACAUGUAACAAUAGUGUUCUUCCGGUCUAGCGUGGUAGUUAAAACUGUUUUUUUUUUUGUAAAAUAUAUUGUGAGAUAGCCAUAAGAGGGUCCGUUUACUAUUUUCCUAUAUGGUGCAUUUUUUUCUGGCAAGUGAGGUUGCCAGGUGAGUUGUGAGAGAAUGUUAUAAUAAAAUUAUUUGUAUUAAA